AUGAACUUAACCACCAGUCUGUGGCCCGAAAGGCCAAGCCAUUCAUUUGUCGUCUUGACGACCGUCACUGCAACUAUUGCGAUAUUCAUCACCUUGCGACGAUAUCUGUACCCGAGGCAUCCGAGGACAAUUCCAGGCCCACUCAAGACGGUCAUCCCACACCUCACAAAGGAUGAGAUCGCAAAGCUCGACUAUACGCCUGAUUACUUUCCCGGUGCCCGGGAUGUCCAGACUCCCUAUGGGUCAAUGAGAGUAUACGAGUUUGGUCCCACGACCGGCCGCAAGAUACUUUUCAUCCACGGUAUCUCCACUUCGUGUCAAACGCUGACGAAGCUCGCCUAUGGCCUGGUCGCCCGCGGCCACCGCGUAAUGCUCUUCGACUUGUUCGGCCGUGGCUUCUCCGACGGCGUCGGCGACCUUCCCCACGACGCGAGGCUGUACGUCUCCCAGGCCCUUUGCGCCCUGGCAUCUUCCCCCCUGUCCUGGAUGGACGGCAGCACCGGCGGGUUCGACCUCGCCGGGUACUCCCUCGGCGGUGGUGUCGCCGUUCACUUUGCCGCCUCGUUCCCCGCCGCCGUCAGGAGUCUGAUCCUGCUCGCACCCGCCGGCAUGAUCCGCAAGGAGAGCUUCGGUACCGUCACCAGGUUCGUCUUCACCGCUGGUCUGGUUCCCGAGCGUGUCCUUGCCGCCCUCACCAGGUGGAAGCUGCAGAAGCCCAUCGCUAGCGCCGCCGCCAAGAGGCCGCGCCGGCAGCAGCAGCAGCAGCAGCAGGAAGGUGAGUCCAAGCCGCUCUUGGCCUCCGCAACCGGGGAGAAGGGUCCGGAAGGCAGCAACGGCACGGCACUGGGAUCAGAAAAGUCCGAGCGGCAGAGCAGCGACACAAAGCACCAGCACCAGCAUCAGCACAGCGCGACGAACCCCGUCAGCAUGGCAACCUCUGAAAUGCAGCCGCCGCACGCCCAAGAGUCCGCAGACCGGCUCGAGCGGCGCGUCAUGCGCUACGUGCGCUGGAUGUUGACCAACCACGCGGGCUUCGUGCCGGCCUUCAUGAGCACGAUUCGCGAGGCCCCGCUGAUGGGCCAGAACGACGCCUGGAGCCGCGUUGGGGCCAGCAGGCGCGCCGGCACCACCUGCGUGAUCCUGGGCCAGGACGACGAGAUCAUCGACCCCGAGGCGUACGAGGAGGACGCCCUUCCUCUCCUGGGCGGACGUGCCCAGGUCAGGUGGCGCGUCUUCCCGGCUGCGAGCCACGACUUUCCCAUGACGCACGCCGAGGAGACGUUGGAGGAGCUAGAUGCUUUCUGGGCCGAGUUUCCGGCUGCGGAGGAGUCUAUCGCGUGA